AGAACUUUUCUAUUAGAAAAGUUCCCCCCGGUAUGUUUUCAUUUAGUGACGUGUGACAUCGUGUAAAUGCCGUUCCAUUCACAUUAAUUUCAAUUUUAUGAAGCACCGGCGGAUAUUGGAAAAUGUUAUGUUUUUACUCUAAAACGCUGUUGUUAUGAUCGCAAACAGUGCAACCGAGUAACCAGUCUAGUCACAAGGAGUUGUGCGGUUCCGUUUAGUUUGUACAAAAAUGAACCCUUGGUUGUGACCCGACGCCUUUUCAAUUCGGGAAAAUUCACAUGCUCCAAAGCCGACUGCAGCAAUUCCCUUGGAACGUUUGAUCAACAGCUUCCAGUGUGGAUAUGUACGCGUAUGCGGGUGGUGGGCCUCCCCAUUAUGCGCCCCCACCGACUUAUCUACAACCCCAUCCGCCCCCCGGACCUCCAACGCACAACUUGCAAGUCCCACCUGUUGGCAUUGGUCAUCAAGAAGCCAACCCUGUUGCCCAUUACUCAAAAAAACGAAGGUCAGAUGAAGACGACCCAAGUGGUAACAAAUACGCAAGGAUGGAGGACGACAGUAUCCAAGACAAAGAAAGAUUUGCUAGGGAGAAUCAUUGCGAAAUCGAGAGGAGGAGAAGGAACAAGAUGACAGCCUACAUUACCGAGCUGUCAGAUAUGGUGCCCACCUGCAGCGCCCUCGCCAGGAAACCUGACAAGCUUACCAUUCUGCGGAUGGCUGUAGCGCACAUGAAGGCUCUUCGAGAGGACGAGUUGUCACGUGAAAAGGCAAUCAUGGACGAAACAGCCAUUGGCGGAAAAACCUACCUGCGCCCAAACGGUACUGGAAAUACCGGCACUGAUGGGACAUAUAAGCCGUCAUUUUUAACUGACCAAGAGCUAAAGCACCUAAUCCUGGAGGCUGCAGAUGGAUUCCUUUUCGUAGUAACCUGUGAUACCGGACGAAUAAUCUAUGUGUCUGACUCAGUGGCACCAGUGUUAAAUUACUCGCAAAGCGACUGGUAUGGAUCCUGCCUUUACGAUAACAUCCAUCCAGAGGAUGUGGAAAAAGUGCGGGAGCAGUUAUCUACCCAAGAGCCUCAAAAUACCGGCAGGAUAUUAGAUCUUAAGACUGGAACGGUGAAGAAAGAAGGCCACCAAUCUUCCAUGAGAUUGUGUAUGAAUUCACGGCGCGGCUUUAUCUGUAGAAUGAAGAUCGGCAAUCUGUCUCCAGAGAAUAUGGGCGUGGGGCAUUUAAAUAGGCUAAAGCAACGAAAUAGUUUAGGUCCAGCAAGAGACGGGCAAAGCUACGCUGUUGUGCACUGCACGGGUUACAUAAAAAAUUGGCCUCCUACUGACGUGUUCACAGGUGUCCAAAUGGAGAGGCAAAGUGAGGACGACAUGCACACUGCUCAUUGCUGCUUAGUGGCGAUCGGCAGACUGCAAGUCACUUCGACUCCUAAUACUAGCGACCUAUCCGGAUCCAGCAGCAAUGCAGAAUUCAUAUCCAGACACUCCAUCGAUGGCAAAUUUACCUUCGUCGAUCAAAGGGUGAUGGGGCUGUUGGGGUAUUCUCCUCCAGAACUUUUAGGCAAGAGUUGUUUCGAUCUUUUUCAUCAUGAGGAUCAAACACAUAUGAAAGACAGCUUCGAACAAGUUCUAAAGCUGAAAGGACAAGUGUUGUCGGUAAUGUAUCGGUUUAGAGCCAAAAACCGAGAAUACGUUUGGCUUAGAACAAGUGCAUUUUCAUUCUUGAACCCAUACACUGAUGACGUCGAAUACAUAGUGUGUACAAACACAACUGCCAAAUCGCUGCAUUCCAGCACAGAGAGCAGUACUGAAGCUCCGGAAGUGAGCUACCAACAACCUGGAUUGGACUACAGCAUACAAAGGCGUGAGGCUGGUCUAUAUUCGCAUAUGCUGCCAGCAGCUCAUCUGCAAAACGAAUAUUUACCGAUGGCAUCGUCAACGGGAUGCAAUGAGCGACAAGACGAUCGGUAUCCACGCUUAAUGACUGAUACGCAGCAGGCUCCUCAAAGACCUGGAAGUGGACAAAACGUUUACAGCAACUACGAGCCAACACAGUCGCCUAUCCAGUACGGAUCGCCAUCACAAACGCCAGCCAAUCCAGGCGGAGCGGCCGUUCUGGCGAGAUUGGGAAAAGACGGAUACCAGUAUGGACAUGGCCAGCCCAGUCCUCGAUCUCCAGGUCCAACUUACACGCAAUUAAGUGGUGGAGGAAGAGCUACAGCUGCUGGCGCUCCAGCUCCUGCCACUGCCUCUUACCAGUGGACUAGCUGGCAAGGUGCUGCUCAAGCCUCAGAAGCGGGACCUGUUCCUGGCAGUACCGGACCGCCAACACAACCUCAACCACAUGAACUAUCCGAUAUGCUGCAGAUGUUGGAUGGAAGCGGCGCAGCCCCUUUUGGGGACUUAGGAACUAUGUUCGAUGGCACCUUUGAAUAGGAUUCUUUAUUUGAAGAACUUUUAUGAAGCAAGGGUUUGGGUCUAUUAUUUGCAUCUAGUGUAUCAUUUGAAUGGAUUUAUUUCUGCCAAUUGUGAAUUGAAAACGACUGAAAACUCCAUUACGCCCGUUAAAUAUUGAAAGGAGUAUCUCGGAUCAAGUUUUUGUAUUGCGUAAGUGUGUUUUUUACUUUUUGUUUGAUGUGUACAUUUGUCCAGGCUGACUUCCCAGGUCUACUUACUGAUCGAAACAGGCCACUAAAAGUGUAUUUAGUUAAUUUUCUUGGCAUUGAGUGUCAGGAUGAGUGGCAUUCAAGCUCAAGGCAUACAAAACAUUUAAAUGUGUUGUAAAUAUGUACAGUAAAAGCAUUCCUGGGUAGACACUCCUGAGCAGCUGUUAUGCUUCUAUUUCUUCACAACACAGUGUCCCAACAAUUACCAACUGCUUAAAUAGUCGAACGUUUUUCGCGCAGUGCCCAAAAGUACCGUGUUAUGAUAAAUAGUACUAAAUCGUAUUAUCACACAGAUGUAAUAUAAAUAUAUCAUUAUAAUAAGGAAUUCAGUUGAGCAGAGAAUACAAGUUUGGUGUUAGUUUAUUUAAAGUGUUUGAGCGAAUGGAGUGUUUGCUUCAGUAAAUGGACUUACCGGGACUCAACUUAUUGCUCGAUCCUAAUAAAUUUACUGACUUAUAUCAUUAGGCUUUGGAUGUACGAAAAUACCACCCCAGAAAGUUCGUUCAUAAUUGUCGUGACGUCCAGAAUGUAUAUCAAUACGAUUUAAGAUACAGCUUUACUCUUAUCGUCAAGUAGUCAUUGUACUCAUUUAAUUUUUAAGGAGCAACUGUAAAAAAGUAUAUUUUACAUUAUACAUACAUACAUAGUUUAUUUUAGUCUACGUAUGAAAUAAGACUUCAAUCCUGUUUGUAGUAACUUCCCCGUAUUUGUUCGACAUAUUAUAGUUUCAUCGAUUGACCAUCCCACCAUUUUGUCUUAGUGAUUUGCUUAAAAUAAGUUUAUGUUAAAGGUGUAUUCACAGUCAAUAUUUAUUAAUGUAUGUUUGUGCUAUUAAUAUAUUUGCUUUUUUAAUCAAACGCUGGCCACCUACUUCGAAAACUAGAACCUAAUCUAUUAUUGUAAAAAAUCUGGAAAUUUACACCAAAAUGGAAUUUGGAAGGUUUAACAUUUUUAGCGGCAAUUGCUGUUAUACAACUAAAUUUGAUUGAUUUAUGUGGACACACCUUUACUCAUAGUGCCGUGUGCUUUGCAAUGUUUAGAACAUUAAAGAGAGUUCUGUAAAGUACAAAACAUUUUUAUUUAUAUACGUAAGGACUUUCUAUCAAUUUGACACAGUCGAUAUUUUUGUAGAAUUUCCGUCUUUCCUAUGUAAGUUUGUAAAAAAGGUUUGUUUUAUUGAAACUACAUAAUUUUAAUGGCUAAAAACUUAAAGUCAAUAAAUGAUACUACCAUAA